AUGAUUCAUUGUGGUAGUCGCGGUUUGGGGCACCAAGUUGCUACAGAUUCGUUAGUGGUUAUGGAAAAAGCUAUGAAACGAGACAACAUAAUUGUUAAUGAUCGUCAGCUUGCUUGUGCAAGGAUUAACUCUGUAGAAGGACAGGAUUAUCUGAAGGGCAUGGCAGCAGCUGCGAAUUUUGCGUGGGUGAAUCGAUCUUGCAUGACUUUUUGUGCAAGACAGGCCUUUGCAAAAGUGUUCAGCUUGUCACCAGAUGAUCUCGACAUGCAUGUUAUAUAUGAUGUCAGCCAUAAUAUCGCUAAAAUAGAGGAACAUCUUGUGGAUGGGAGACCAAAACAAUUGUGCGUGCAUAGGAAGGGUUCAACACGUGCCUUCCCUCCUCAUCAUCCUCUCAUUCCCGUAGAUUAUCAACUUACAGGACAACCAGUGCUAAUUGGUGGUACAAUGGGUACCUGUAGUUACGUUUUGACAGGCACGCAACAAGGAAUGAAUGAAACAUUUUCUACUACUUGUCAUGGAGCGGGUAGGGCUUUGUCACGUGCUAAAUCGAGGCGUAACAUAGACUUUCAAGAUGUUUUAAACCAAAUGCAAGCAAAGGGAAUAUCAGUUCGUGUAGCUUCUCCAAAACUAGUUAUGGAAGAAGCACCAGAAUCGUACAAAAAUGUGACGGAUGUUGUGAAUACUUGUCAUGAAGCUGGUAUUAGCAAGAAAACCGUCAAAUUACGCCCAAUUGCUGUGAUUAAGGGAUAG